CCAGAAGCUUCAAGUCCGCCGAGGAACCCACGCUGCCCUUGUGCCCUCUCGACCUCUGUAGCCGAAGACCAACACCUCGCCUCGGCCUCCGGCCAUGUCGCUCUCGUCGGCGCGCCAGCGCCGGGCCACGGCGGCGUCGCCGCUAACCGACGACGGGUACGCCAAGGACGCCAAGGACCGGAGGCGUCGCCCCGGCGGCGGCGACGGGGACGGCGAGGACGGGGGUAUCAAGUGGUUCCUCCCGUUCCUGGCGCUCGGGCUCCUCCGCCACAUGAGCGCGUCCUCCAACCUGAUCCACGACUGCGACGAGGUCUUCAACUACUGGGAGCCCCUCCACUUCCUCCUCUACCGCUCCGGCUUCCAGACCUGGGAGUACAGUUCCGACUUUGGUCUUAGAUCGUAUUUAUACCUUUUCAUUCAUGCUCUCGUAGCUGGCCCUGCCUCAUUGAUCUUUGGUGAGCAUAAGAUCCGUGUGUUCUACUCAGUGAGAAUCUUUCUUGGUCUUAUUUCAACUAUAACCGAAACUGUUCUGGUGGUUGCUCUUUCAAGAAGAUAUGGAAAAAGACUCGCUUGUUAUGUUCUUGCAAUGCUAUGCUUAUCCAGUGGUUGCUUCUUUGCCAGUACCAGUUUCCUGCCAAGUUCAUUCUCCAUGUAUGCUGUAACACUUUCAUCCGCACUCUUCCUUCUUGAGAAAUAUGCUGCUGCUGUCUCAGUUGCAGCUGCUGGAGUGAUCCUUGGUUGGCCUUUCUCAAUUUUGGUAUUCCUUCCUGUUACUGUUUACUCAUUAAUUAGAGGACCUUUUGGAAGGGUAUUUUUAUCUGGAUUCCUGACUUCAGUGAGCCUUCUUGUUCUUUCAUUUCUUGCUGAUUAUCACUGCUAUGGUCGAUUGACAUUCUCGGUGUUCAAUCUUCUGAAAUAUAAUGUUCUUGGUGGUGGUGAAAGUCACUUGUAUGGAACCGAGGGCCCUUCAUUCUACUUCAGAAAUGGAUUCAAUAAUUUCAAUUUUGCCUUCAUCCUUGCUCUUCUAUUCUUGGGGGUUGUACCAUUUGCAAGAAAGAAAUAUGCUCCAGAUCUACUGAUAGUUGUCUCUCCUGUUUAUAUCUGGUUGGCUUUCAUGUCUUUGCAGGCACACAAAGAAGAAAGGUUUCUCUAUCCAAUAUAUACAUUGAUAUGUGUUGCAGCUGCAGCUGUUAUUGACAGCUUUCCUGAUUUUUUCCAUGACAAAUAUUCAUCUGAUCAGUCUAUCUUUGAAAAGAUAGCCAAGGGUCUGCGGCCUUUGAUCCUUGGUUUUAUUUUGUGUGCCUCCCACAGCCGAACAUUUUCUAUGUUGAAUGGAUAUGGUGCUCCCCUGCAGAUCUAUCAGCAUUUAGAAUAUCAUGAAGAUUCUGGGCCUGGGUCUAUUCUCUGUGUUGGGAGUGAGUGGCAUCGCUAUCCAUCAUCGUUCUUCAUACCCUCCUAUAUCAGUGAAGUUAGGUGGAUAGAUGAUGGCUUCCGUGGGCUGCUUCCAUUUCCCUUCAAUGAGACCCUGGGUGGCACCACCGCUGCUCCGGCAUACUUCAACAACAAGAAUAAGGCCUCUGAGGAGCAAUAUCUUAAAGACAUCGGAGCAUGUACCUUGCUAGUGGAGCUUGAUCUAAGGAGGCCUUAUCCCUCACGUGGAAAUGACUUGACAACAUGGGAGGCAUUGGCGGCACUACCAUUCCUAGAUAGAGAGCUUUCCCCUGCAUUGUACCGGUCGUUCUUUGUACCAUACCGAUGGCAACGAAACAAUGUUUUCGGCCUAUACAAGUUGCUGAGGAGGUUGCGUACUGACCAACACUAGUGAAAAGAUGUCUAAUCUGGAGGAAUCUAAGUUCGAUGAGAGCUAAACCAUGCGAUUUCCUUUAUCAAACUUCUGAUUAGCAAAUUUUGGCUACCGUUGAUGUUUUUGAUCCAAAUGGUUUUGCCAGUGUCACGUGCUGGAUCGGGCUUGUGCAGCUGAAUUAGUCCCUACUCUGUGUGAGGAUGUGUCUUUUAGUGCUCGAGGAGAGCCUAUCCCUGCAUUAUGUCGCCUGUGAAAUGCUCUGUAGCCGACUAGGGACUCGUUUGUAUUGUGUGGAACCUUAGCCAAUGACAGACUAAUGAACUAGUUAGUGAUUGGUUCAUGACAUCCCAAAAUCAUUACACGUUACCAGAGUUUAUUCAAUUUGAGCACCUUGGACUA